CCCUCCCCUCCUCGGUGCUUUUUCGGCUCCAUCCGACUUCUUUUGGCUGCUGCUGUGAGUUCACUGUAUUGUUAAGUGCUGCCGUGAAUCGGUGGUGGAGGAGGGGGGGCUGAAUGCCAAAUCUCUCCCGAUACAUCUGGAGUGUCGACGAUCCUAAUUUAAGCACCCCGUAUCUUUCGAGGGACGGAGUUUUAUCUUUUUUUUAUUAUUAAUUAUUUAUUCCAAAUUUCUUAGUUUAUGCUGUACACUCUGGGAGGGCAGAAAUGGCGGCCAACAUGUACCGGGUCGGAGAUUAUGUUUUCUUUGAAAACUCCUCAAGUAACCCUUACCUGAUCCGUCGGAUAGAAGAACUCAACAAGACCGCCAGUGGGAAUGUUGAGGCCAAAGUGGUUUGUUUUUACAGAAGGAGAGACAUCUCUCACAGCCUCAUCCAGCUCGCAGAUAAACAUGCAAAGGAAAUGGAAGAGGAGAAGGAGAACCCCACAGAGACAGAACUAACAGAAAAACAGAAACACCAGCUUCGCCACAGAGAGCUCUUCCUCUCCCGACAGUAUGAGAGCCUACCUGCGACGCAUAUUAGGGGGAAGUGCAGUGUGGCAUUGUUGAACGAGACUGAAGCCGUUCUUUCAUACCUUGACAAAGAGGAUACUUUCUUCUACUCACUGGUGUACGACCCGACACAAAAGACUCUGCUAGCUGACAAAGGAGAGAUCAGAGUGGGACCACGCUUUCAGGCAGACGUGCCUGAAAUGCUACAGGAGGGUGAGGCAGAUGACAGGGACCAGUCCAAACUAGAAGAGAAACUCUGGGACCCUGAGUGUCCUCUCACCGACAAACAGAUAGAUCAAUUCCUAGUGGUGGCACGGGCGGUUGGGACCUUUGCCAGAGCGUUGGACUGCAGCAGUUCAGUCAGACAGCCCAGCCUACACAUGAGUGCAGCUGCAGCCUCACGAGAUAUCACACUGUUCCACGCCAUGGAUACGCUGCAUCGUCACAAUUACGAUCUGUCCAGCGCUCUGAGUGUGUUGGUCCCAGCGGGGGGUCCAGUGCUCUGCAGGGACGAGAUGGAGGAGUGGAGCGCCUCGGAAGCUGCCAUGUUUGAGGAGGCUUUAGAGAAAUAUGGAAAAGACUUCAAUGACAUACGACAAGACUUUCUGCCAUGGAAGUCUCUGACCAGUAUCAUAGAGUACUACUAUAUGUGGAAGACCACAGACAGAUACGUGCAGCAGAAGAGGCUGAAGGCAGCUGAGGCAGAAAGCAAGCUGAAGCAGGUUUAUAUCCCCACAUACAACAAACCCAACCCCAACCAGAUCUCAGUGACCAAUGGUAAGAUGGCGACGGUGAACGGAGCGGGCCCUGGGGCCUACCACGCAGCAGGGGGAUGCAGAGCCUGCGAAAGCUGCUACACCAUGCAGUCAGCCCAAUGGUAUUCAUGGGGACCUCCAAACAUGCAGUGUCGCCUGUGUGUUUCCUGCUGGAUGUACUGGAAGAAGUACGGAGGUCUGAAGAUGCCCAGCAGAGCCGAAGGACCCGAGGAGAGGACCUCCCCCAGCCCAGCAAGCAAUGAGUCUCGCUCCAGGGGCCACGCCCCCCGUCAGUCCAACCACAUGGUACCGAUGCGAAACAGCGGCAGUCCCAAGUCCUCCAUGAAGACCAAGCAGGCUUUCCUGCUUCAAGCAACCCGCCUCACCAAACUGGCCCGGCACAUGUGCCGGGACAUCAUCAAGCUGCGCCGUGCUGCGCGCCGGCCCUUUGUUCCCAUUAACUGUGGGGCCAUAAAGGCAGAGUACAUGUUGAGAGUGUCAGAGGGCCAGGGGACCCGACUACCCAAAACCAGAGCCGCCCAAAGGAGCACUCUGACCAGUGUUGUGCAGUUUCUAGAGUCCCGUCCAGUGGCCCACGCCCCUCGCUCCCAUCGCACCCCAGGACUGCAGACACCCCCCCCUCGGCGCCUCCUCUCGUCUCUUCCACAUGGCCCUCACGGCAUGCUGGGAAAACGUAGCUACCAUCACCACAGCAGGGCUGAACCAGAAAGACGCUCAGAAAACCCAGGCUCAACAGCUGGACCUGUCAUGCAUAAUGGUCGCAACAGCAGUGGAAACAACCGAGGAGGAGUGAUGAUCCGCAAGAGACGCCCCAACUGGAUCGAUGCUCCCGAUGACAGCUUCUUCCUCGUCACCCGGGAGACCAGGAGGGCUCGGCGAAUGCUGUCCCGCUCCCAGCUGAGGCACGCCUGCCGACAGCCCUGCGAGCAAAUCACUCUACGCAGGGUCUCCCACGCCCCCCCGCAGGGACUUGUCCUUGCCCCUCCGCACCCUCACCCCAGCCUGAGAAUGCGUGGCCCCAUCGUCAUCCAUGACUGACCAGAUCCCAACCUUCUGACCACUACGAUCACGACCAAGAUCCUGACCUGAUCUUCAACUAAAUCCUCACUUGUUUUCAACCCAAAAAUACCGUUAUAACAGAAGGAUGUGAUGGUGCAACUGCUGCUGGGAGUCUGUGUGUGUAUUUACUCUAUCUGGGUGCAUGUGAGCAGUGAGAGUGCGUUUGUGUCUUUUUUAAUGGCUGGACAUAACGACACAACUUUUGUGUAAACUUUGUUUGGAUUGUGAACUGUUGUGAAGUUUCAUCAGCUUGUAAAAAGCUGGGGGUGGGUGGGGGGGAUAGACAGGGGUUGGAGAGUGAGUGUUUUAACAUAGUGACAAAUGUCCAGCGUGGACGUUAAAAAAGAAAAGAAAACAAAAGGCACUAAUCUGAAACAGAAGCAGCUUUUCAUUAAAACAGCUGCUUUAAAUGGUCUUUCAUCCUGAAAUCUGACCAAGCAAGAAGAAGUCAUCCAUCACAGCAGUCAUUAUUCAUGAUGAAUUUGCAGGUUUGAAAAUAUUAAAAAGAAGCAGGGAGCCAGCUCUCAUCAACAUGAAGCAUUGUGUAAAUCUUGUUCAUCUCAUUGCAGCACUGUAAAUUCCUCUCAUCCCAUUUCUAACAUGGAGCACUUCUUUGCCAGCAGAACUGGGCAUGAAGUUGUCAAACCUGCAACUUUUAGAGGCAUAAAACAACAACAAUCAGUUUUCCUCUCACUGAGUUUCACUGAGUUCCUCCUUUUAAGCCAACAAUCACAUUUUCUCUGCUUCCAGACCUCUCUUCUGUUGCUGCCUCCUAACAUUGUCGGUUAAUUCGCCCAGCUCUCCAGUUUGUUUCCUCUGAGUUUUAAACCUGGCAUGUCUCUGACCAAUGGGUCACAUGGUUUCUUCUCUUUCAUUCAGAAUGUUUAUGUUCGUGUUUCCUGUCUGUCAUGUGUUUGAAUUAUGAAUAUGCUGAGAACAAUAAAAAGAAAAAAAAAUUCUA